AUGUCGCCCACGAUAGUUCUCGCCUUUACAGAAAACAAGCACACCAAGAGCGGUUGGGCGGGUUUCUCAGAAUACGCAAAGUAUGGCUUGACAGAUCCACAAUUUGGAGUCUUGAGCUACAGUGGUGACCAGUGUGCCUGGCUGAUGGCGCGUUCUUACAGAAUCCAAGGCUACGAUGUCCACAUUCUCAACCUGGACGAAAGCUCUCAUGAUGCUAGUGCAGAUAUUGUAAUUCACAAAUUGACGAAUAUAUUGGAUCGAGCGGAAGAUGGGGACCCAAAGGCAGUCGAACAGGUCCAAAAGUUUGAGUCGUUCGUAGCAAACACACCUGUUCUCGACCCUCUACCGGCAGUACGCCGGCUAUUGAAAAGGGAGCGUACCAUGGUUCUUUUGCAGGACAUCAUCCAAAAAACCCGAAAAGAGAAUGUGACGUUGUUUCAUAUUGCACCUUUUGCGGUUUUGUCCAGGGCGGAACUUUUGUCGCAAAAGUAUGUGAAUCUGGUCAAGUUCCCUGCAGUCAUAAAGCAUGUGACUGCCGCUUCCUCCCAAGCCGCGCAUCAGAUGGCCAUUGUACCAUCUUCUCAACAGUUGAAUACCGCGUUGACGGAAUUAGCCGGACCUCCAGAGAGUCCGUCGGCAGACAAGUGGUUCCUCCAAGAGUGGGUGAACCAUGACGGGGUAAUAUUCAAAGUGUUUGUUGUUGGAGAUCACGUACAUACCGUUGUGCGUCCAUCGUUGCAAAACAUCACAUCGGGCCACGGCAUAUUCCAUUUCGAUUCGCAGAAAAUUCCAAAGUCCUUUGCUGAAGAUUCUGCUUCUCACUCCAAUUCUAAUCUCCCAACCUUUGCGACUAGACUCUCAUCCGAUGCACGAAAAGCAAAGGAACUUGAACUGGAUACAGGCCGUGCACACGAGAUUGCGCGAGUAUUAGCAAAAGAGUUGCAGCUUACCCUGUUUGGAUUCGAUCUGAUUGUCGAAAGUGGAACUGGGCAACACUUUGUAAUCGACAUCAAUUACUGUCCAGGGUAUGACGGCGUUCCAAAUUUCCACGCGAAGGUACUCCAUGUUAUCCAGCAAAAGAUUCAAAAGGACAGCAAGAGCGCACGCAGGGUUUAG